CACUUUUGAAUUUGUUGUUGGGCGACUCGAUCUUCAUGCGAGGCUGGUUUGGACUGUUUGCGACCGUGCUCAGCACCUGCGUCGUCACGUCGAGUUACGGCACGAAAGGUGACAUGCCGACCAUGUUUCUCCGUAACCAAGCGCGUCUGGGUGCGACCGUGUUUGAAAGCAACACCGGACGCUUCGCGCUCGGUGAAAAGGCGCAAAGCGAGUUCUUUUACUUGAUCAAGAAACCCUGCUUCGGCAUGAUGCCGAAUGCGCGCUGCCCCAAGCUAUGCGAGGCGUCGGACAUUGACGACACGGUCCAGGACUGCACGAGGUGCAUCGGGUACAAGCUCAUGCCCAAGUCAUCGUGCACCCAAUGCAAGAAACAAAGCUGCCACACCUGCGGUGGCUACAAACUCAUGCCGACGGCGAAGUGCACGGGCUAUGAAAUCCGGCCUACCACGACGGUGAAACCCACGACGACCACCAAGCCGACGACAUACCCGACCCCAGCGCCGACGACAUACCCGACCACGAAGCCAACGCCGUCGCCGACGACGUACCAGAACCCCGUCGUGGCAGAAACGGCAGGGCCAGCCCCAGCGGCAACCAUCCCUAUCCCCGACAACGGAGGUGUGCCCGGCUCGAACGGCGGCAGCUCUGGCUUGAACAGUGGUACUUCUGGCACGAACGGCGGCUCUGCCAACGGGGGUGCGGGGUCUGCGUCGACAGCCGCUCCCGCCUCGGGUUCGACCACGUCUAGCAACGCCAAUGGGUCCUCUGCUGCCACAAAGACAGGUCUGUCUGGCGGCGCGAUUGCUGGCAUUGUUGUCGGUUCUCUCGCAGCGGCAGGUGCUGUGGGUUUCUUCAUCUGGAAGAAGCAAAAGGACCAACACCGCGAGGCCGAAAUUUUCAGCGACCCGCCCCACGAUGUCGAAGCCCAAGGAGGAGACUACGCUGCCAUGUAAACUGGCAUCAUGGCCAGCUCUCUCACACGUGGGCGGCGCUGUGUAUUGUUCGCAGACACUGCUUGGUCAUAACAUAGCUUUUCUGUUUCGAGUGCGGAUCACUGGUGCUGCUGCGUGGGUGACAACCAACAUGGACAUGUAACUGUAAACAUCACUUUCAGUCAGAUCGUAUAUGUGACAAUUGUAUCAUCUUUAUUCUAUAUUAAUUCAACUAUUCAAAAAAAUUAAAA